GGGACGUGAUGUAUCCUUCCUCUGCAUGUGCACCACUUGUAUGCUUCAACGUCGUUCAACCACCUAAAAUAACACCACUUGGGUUGACUUAGUCUUCCUGCAAUACAGCCAAACACCCUUCGCCCCUUUUCAAUUAUUUUUCUUGGUUUCGUAAUAAACCAAAAUACAACAGAAACAGGAAGAAAUAGUUUCAUCUCUCUAAAACCGUCUGCUAAUCUCUCUUUGUUAUAUGAUUCAUAGUUACGCUCAAGUUUAAAAUGAUCCUCCCUACCUGAACAGUGAUUUGGCUUUUUCCUUUUUAUCUGCUAAAAUAUCCUUUGUCAAAUACACAUGUUUUUGCUAUUUCCUGAUUUGGAAUUGGAUACAAGGGUUACGACGUCUAAAUUCUGAGAAACUCAAGCGAUAAUAUGGGAUAUCUGAAUUCGGUUUUGCAAUCUUCAAGCCAGGUUCAUUCUGAAGAUCGUCCUGCCAGUGGCGGAGGCCUUAGUCAAAAUGGAAAGUUUAGCUAUGGCUAUGCAAGCUCCCCAGGGAAGAGGUCUUCAAUGGAAGAUUUUUAUGAAACAAGGAUCGACGGUGUAGAUGGAGAGAUAGUUGGUCUUUUUGGAGUAUUUGACGGUCAUGGAGGUGUACGAGCUGCUGAAUAUGUGAAGCAAAACCUUUUCAGUAAUUUGAUCAAACAUCCAAAGUUCAUUUCUGACACCAAAUCUGCUAUAGGUUAUUUACUUAUAACUGUAUCACAUGGUUGUGACUUUCCUAGUGGGUUGGCCAUAACUUGCCUUUUAAAUUGUGUCCAACCUCCAGCUGACGCAUACAACCACACAGAUUCUGAAUUUUUAAAAUCAGAAAACAACCAGAAUAGGGAUGCUGGAUCGACCGCUUCUACAGCUAUUCUUGUUGGCAACCGUUUGCUAGUUGCAAAUGUUGGGGAUUCCCGAGCUGUUAUCUGCAGAGGAGGCAAUGCUAUUGCUGUGUCUCGUGAUCACAAGCCUGAUCAAAGUGAUGAGCGACAACGGAUUGAGAACGCAGGAGGAUUCGUCAUGUGGGCUGGAACUUGGAGAGUGGGAGGUGUUCUUGCUGUUUCUCGUGCAUUUGGUGACAGACACUUGAAGCAGUAUGUUGUUGCUGAUCCAGAAAUUCAGGAGGAAAAGAUUGACAACUCUCUUGAGUUCCUUAUACUUGCAAGUGAUGGACUAUGGGAUGUUGUUUCAAAUGAGGAGGCAGUGGCAAUGAUAAAGCCAAUACAGGAUCCAGAGCAGGCAGCAAAGCAGCUGAUGCAAGGGGCAUACCAGAGAGGUAGCGCAGAUAAUAUCACUUGCGUGGUGGUCCGAUUCUUGGUCAAUCAAGGGGGUUCCUCUCGCAAUGCUUCUGCGACUGCGUAAGCAAGCUAUCCCUUCCCGCCAUGGUUUUAGGUUUUGGGUAUGUGGCUGAUGGGUAAAACUGAGGGUUAAUGAACUUCAAUACUAAUAGUAAUAGCUAGUGAAAGAGAAUAUAUAACAAACGUGCGCAGGCUACUGAUGUAUAUUACAUCUGUUUCCGAAGCGAUGUGCUCGUGUAAAGGGGUUUCAGACACCAACUCUACUUAUGUAUGUUGUAAAUGUAGUAAUACUUCUCUUGCUCUAGUUAGUGCA